CAGUGUGGAUAGUCCAGGCUGUCUUCUCUGAAUGUGUUUGUAUCAUGUAAUUUAUCACCUGGUUAUUUACCAAGUGAUAGAGAAGGUCAUCAGGUGAUGGUUAAUGCGCAUAAACUGAGCAGGGAGCAUGGCUGGAGCCAUCAGGGAGUUCUCCCUGUAGGAGGUAAGACUCAAUGGAUGGUGAGGAUGAGCUUCUGAACAAGAAGAAAGAAGCAGAGACGUUGUAACUGAGUACCCUGGUGGAUCCAGGGAAAGUGGAAUCUUCCCUGGACUGGGAGGAGAGGUGGGAUGGCUUGCUAGACAGUGAGCAGGAGGAAGACGAGGCCAAGGGGUGUGCUGCACGGGGACUCAAUCUCAAUCUAUGUUUUGUAGAAUGUAGAAUUUUAGAAUUUGUUUUACAUAGAGUUGGUCUGAUUCUUUUAAGUGAGUACUACUCUCUUGACACUAAAGUUGUUCACACUAUGGCUGUUUCUGAAAAGACAGGCUGCAACGCAGAGCCAGGGUAUUUGGGUCAGGCCUGGUGGCACUGCCUGGUGAUGAGGACGUCAGUUUGCAUUCCCCAGCCAGCCCAACCCCCAUGGCGUGGCAGUAGAGGCUGGGCUUGCAGAGGGGUGGGUGUCUUCCAUUACUGAUUUCCGUUUUUUUUUUUUUUUUUUUUUUCCCCAUUACUGAUUUCCUAAAGGCAGGAGACUGGGAAGGAGGGAGGAUAUGGGAGUGUUUUUAGUAUUCCCAUCCCUUCUUCCAUUGUUUAUCUAGAGCAAUGGUUCUUAACCAGGGCGGUUUUGCCCCCCAGGGGACAUUCAGCAAUGCCCGGAGACAGUUUUGGUUGCCACACCUCGUUGGGGAGAAGUGGGAUGGUGAUGGCAGUGCUGCUGGCAUCUAGAGGGUAGAGCCCAGGGACAUAGCUAAGCACCCUGCAAUACACAGGGACGACCCCACCACAGAGUGACCUGCGUCCUCUGCCAGUAAUGACCAGAGAAGGACCCUGCUCUAGCACAAUGAUUCACCCUCUACUGUCUCUCCUUGGUUAUUUUAGAAUUGUUUAAAAAACCUCUGUCUCCAUCCUUUUUAGUCAGAAGCUGUGUGUGGUCUGCAGUAACCUUGUAUUCCAUAUAACAUGGGGCCUGGGUCUCUGGAGUUCAUGCUUUUGGGACUGGGGUCCCAAAUCUACCUGUUUAACAAGUGCCCUUUGUGAUUCUUGUGCCCUCUGAAGUGUGAGAGCUACUAUCCUCAGGCUGUAGCCGUAUUUCUCAUCACCAGCCAUCUUGUAUUAUCAUCCCCAAGGUUCACUUGCCUAACAUCCCAACCUGUUACUACGCAAGUGUCCUUGAAGGCAAUGCCGCAGCUUCUGGUAAAACAAGAACCAUGGGUGGCUGAAAGUGUACUGAGUAGGAGGUGAGUCCUUCUUGGUAAAAACGCUGGAAUGUCCCUCGUGGAAAUGGAGGGCAUGGGACCCCUGGAGGAAGGAUGCAAAGGACAUUCCUCCUGAAGCCCCCCAGGACAGUGUUGGAGCAGUCUGGUCAGUGUCACUUUGCCUGCUGACCUGAUGCAGGGCAGUGGGAAGGACUAGGCUUGUGCCUUCGGGGUGACAGAACAUCUGCCUCCUAGAUCUAGUCUCUUGUUUAUCCAUGCAGUAAAGAGAGGGCAUCUUAAGUAAGGCUGGCAUUCUUGCAGUGAAAGCAGGCAUCGGGCUUUUGCUUCUAAGGGAAAGAGGAAAGCAAGUGCAGCCUGUGCACAAAUGCUGGUGGUGCCUCCCCUCCCCCCCGCCCCCCCCCCCCCCUGGAGGCCGGGAAUGGGGGGUAGUAGGAGGGGCUGGCUGUGACUGCAUUCAUGGAAAUGAGCCUGGAGGAGCGGAGCAGCACACACUCUGAGCGUCAGCUAGGGCUGCAGCUCUGCGCGUCCAUCUCUGCGGUCCACACCAGCCUUCCCCACUGGGCCCAGCGUGUUUGUACCUGCAGGGCCGGUACUCUCAGCUUUUGUUUUCUCUGGACACCUUCUUCUCUGGCCCUGCUGUGCUGGCGCACACAUGCUGUCCUUGCUCCAGCUCUCCCUGCACCUACAGCUGUGGGAGCUCCCGGCAGCCUGGGACUGUGGGAUCGCUGCACAGAGCUACCAUGGCCUCUGACGCGGAGAGCUGUGACCUGCCGAGGCUUUGAUGUUGCUGCCCAGGGCUUACCAGGACACUGGGGCCGCAGGAGAGGGGACUCAUCGUGGUUCCCAGUGACCUGACCGCAGAGGAGCGUCAAGAACUGGAGAACAUCCGACGGAGAAAACAGGAGCUGCUGGCUGACAUUCAGAGGCUGAAGGAUGAGAUAGCAGAAGUAGCUAAUGAGAUUGAAACCCUGGGAUCCACAGAGGAAAGGAAAAACAUGCAGAGGAACAAACAGGUAGCCAUGGGCAGGAAAAAAUUUAAUAUGGACCCUAAAAAGGGGAUCCAGUUCUUAAUAGAGAACGACCUGCUGAAGAACACUUGUGAAGACAUUGCCCAGUUCUUAUAUAAAGGUGAAGGGCUCAACAAGACAGCCAUUGGUGACUACCUAGGGGAGAGAGAUGAAUUUAAUAUCCAGGUUCUUCAUGCAUUUGUGGAGCUGCACGAAUUCACUGAUCUUAAUCUCGUCCAGGCACUACGGCAGUUCCUGUGGAGCUUCCGGCUACCGGGAGAGGCCCAAAAGAUCGACCGGAUGAUGGAGGCAUUUGCCCAGCGAUACUGUCAGUGCAAUAAUGGCGUGUUCCAGUCGACGGACACUUGUUACGUCCUCUCCUUUGCCAUCAUCAUGUUGAACACCAGUCUCCACAACCCCAAUGUCAAAGAUAAGCCCACGGUGGAGAGGUUCAUUGCCAUGAAUCGAGGCAUCAAUGAUGGAGGAGACCUGCCAGAGGAGCUACUCCGGAAUCUCUAUGAGAGCAUAAAAAACGAACCCUUCAAAAUCCCGGAAGAUGACGGGAAUGACCUCACUCACACUUUCUUCAACCCAGACCGAGAAGGCUGGCUAUUGAAACUCGGUGGCAGGGUAAAGACUUGGAAGAGACGCUGGUUCAUCCUGACUGACAACUGCCUUUACUACUUUGAGUAUACGACGGAUAAGGAGCCCCGUGGAAUCAUCCCUUUAGAGAAUCUGAGUAUCCGGGAAGUGGAGGACUCCAAAAAACCAAACUGCUUUGAGCUUUAUAUCCCUGACAAUAAAGACCAAGUCAUCAAGGCCUGCAAGACUGAGGCUGACGGGCGGGUGGUGGAGGGGAACCACACUGUUUACCGAAUCUCAGCACCGACGCCCGAGGAGAAGGAGGAGUGGAUGAAGUGCAUUAAAGCAGCCAUCAGCAGGGACCCUUUCUAUGAAAUGCUCGCGGCACGGAAAAAGAAGGUCUCCUCCACGAAGCGACACUGAGCGUGCAGCCGAGGGCGUCGGUCUGCGGGGCUUCAGAGCUCCCGCCCUUCUCCCGCGCCUCCACGGAUGUGCUGCUGCCUAGCAGAGCGUCCUCUGCCAGGCCCCGCCCUGGAUUCCUAGAGACUAGCUUCAGCUUUUGCUAUUUUUUUUUAAGUGGGAGAAGGGUGGGCAGUUAUCACUGGGGAAGAGGGGACCGGCCGUCUAUCCAGCAUGGGCUCCUGAGCCUUUCUCUCUCACAGGGCAGAGCUCCUGUUGGCAGGGCAGCCUCCUGGCCAGUUUCUCUGCCCAGUGUUCUGGUAGCAGAGCUCGGCACCAACUGUUUACCUCCUGGUUGUCCCGGUGAAGAAGCCUUCAACCCCUGCACCAUAAAUACAUGUAUCCAUAUAUUAUUAUAUGUUAAGAAAAAAGGUGGAAAGGAAGAGAAGCCACAUACUAUAAAGAUCUAUUUUUUUUUUAAGAGAGAACAUAGUGCUGUUCAGGUGCAUUCUGCCCUGAUUGCUCUGGGAGCUUCUCCCUGGAGAAGAGCACCCAGGGCUGCAGCUGAGGGGCAUCAGCCUGGGCCCGCGGCAGGGCCUGGCCCACCUCUCCUGUGCUGUGGGAGCUGGCUGCCUAGUGCUUGUCUGGGCGAGAGAGACAGGUGAGGUCGAGGACACAGAGGGCAGAGGUGCAGUGGGCCUCGGACAGCACAGUCAGACUCGGGGCCUACUCUGGCCGGGGGCACAGCCAGCAGCAGCAUGCAGCCCAGCAGCUCCCGCAGAUGUUUCUCCAUCCCAAGUGCCUGCGGAGCGCCGAGGAGAGAGGAGAGAACUGACUGGAUGCUUACGUUACUUUCCUCCUUCAGAAUCCAGGUUCUUGUGGGGCUUUAACGUAGAAAGUCAGCAUUUUCCUUGAGCUAAAUACCUAAUAACCAAAACUGUGAGGAAGGUUAUCGGGGCAGAGCUUCCGGAUAACCUAACUGUUUCAUAUUUGGUUUUUCUUCCUUUUCCCCAGAACUCCAGUCCUCGUUCUAGAGGAAGGAGUAGGACUUACCCAAUCCCCUUAGGGCUUCAGCUUUUUCUGCCUCAAAACCAGCCCUAACUGGACUAUUCUGGAUGCGUUUUGUGGUGGGCCCCCUAGAGGGGAGGAUGGGCCUUUAUCUGCUCCGUGGAGUGCACUGGAGUGAGGUGGGGUGGCCAGGCAGCCUCUCGCAUCUCUCUUCUCCCUGCAGGCACCGUAUGAGCUGGCCCUGCCCUCAUUCCAGGUGAAGGGAGCCAUGAAACGCAGCAUUUUCCUGCCUUUCUCUCAGGGACUCUCAAGGGCAGCUCCUGCCCCUCUGCCAGGGCCAGCAUGCCAGUCCAGGCCGAGCAGGUGGCUGGCCGUCUGGCCGUCUUGGCCCGCCCCUCCACAGGGCUCUGGCGCAGGGCAGUGCAGGGCGCGGCCCCGAGGAGGCAGGUGGAGGAGCUGCGGGUUUCCACAGGGCCGCAUCGCCACGGCUCUUCUGAUCCUUUAGGGUUGGCGAGCAUCUCUGGAAAUAGCUUUUGCAGAGGCGUGGUGGGAGGAAUGGAAGGGGACAGUCUCUCACCCCCACGCCGCCCGAUUUGUGGAGAUUCUACCUGGAGUGGCUUCACGCACUUUUGUGCCAGAGCUUGUGAGGGUGACAGAAGAGGGUCCAGGCUGGAAACCUGAACUUUCUGGGUGGGAGGACCAGGCGGUGCCUGCCGAGGUCUGGGCAUGUCUGGGCCGGCACUGGAGCCUGCUUAGCUGGCCCGGGCCCUGACCUGGUUCUCACAAAUGUUUCCUAGUCAGAGAGGCACCUGGGUCAGUAUUAGUCUAUUUAUCAGAGGUGUAAAUAAUCUAUGUAUAGUUUUUCUCCUUUUAGAUUAUUUUGUAUUUGUUUAAAAGAAGUUUUGUCAAAAUACAAAAAUAUAAAGAAAUGACUGAAAGUUGUUGACAGGGUUUUUAAAAAAAUUAUAAUUAUUCUAAUUGUUUUUGUUUGUUUGUUUUUGCCUUGUAAACUAGCGCCAAGGAACUGCAGCAAAUAAACUCCAAAUUUGCUCAAGCCA